AAAUGUACAGGUUAUGUCUGUCAGUCUUCUAUGAUGCCGGACACGUGAAGCUUGUGCGUGAUAAAUAUUUACGAUGGACGCUUACGAUCUUUUUAGAAAAUUAUCUUCUGGAAGUAAAUUUAACUUGAAGCGUUUCCACAAGGAUGCGGAAAGAUUCUUGUUGACAAAAAAGCCUGUACAGAAAAAGGAAGUUAAAAUCAAAACAGAGCCAGUAGAUGAGGAACCAAAGGAAACUGUAAAGUCUUCGAAAAGAAAGCAUGAAGAUGAAGACGAUGCAAAAGAGCAGCAGAGUAAUGUGCUCACACUUUUGGGUGGAAUAUCUGCAGGUGAAGAUGGGACAGUUAUCAGACCAAAGAAGAAGAAAAAAGUGAUGACAGAUGAUAAAAAGUUGAAAUUAGAGCAAGAAAAGAUUAACCAGUAUAGAAACAAACAUCAUAUAUCAGUUACUGGAAGUCAUGUACCAGAGCCAAUUGAGUCAUUUGAACAGUUAUCUACAGAAUUCAAGAUUGGAAGUGAUAUUUUGCAAAAUAUGAGAACCUGUGGAUACAAUCAACCAACUCCUAUUCAAAUGCAAGCUAUACCAGUUAUGUUGCAGGGUAGACAAAUAUUAGCUUGUGCACCUACUGGAUCUGGUAAGACUGCAUCCUUCUUACUCCCCAUCAUUCAUCAGUUAAAUGGUCCUAGAAAGAAAGGAUUCCGAGCAAUCAUACUUAGUCCUACCAGGGAGUUAGCUAAACAAACUUAUAGAGAAUGUAUAAGAUUGAGUGAAGGCCGUGGAUUCAGAGUCCACAUAAUUAGUAAAAUAAACCAAGCACUGACAAAGUAUGGACCAAAAAGUUCACAAAAAUUUGAUAUACUUAUCACGACGCCAAAACGGCUUGUAUUUUUACUGAAUCAAGAGCCUCCAGCUAUAUCUUUAAACAAUGUUGAAUGGCUUAUUGUCGAUGAGGCAGAUAAACUGUUUGAGGAAGGAACAAGAGGUUUUAAAAAUCAAUUGGAAGAAAUCUCAAAAGCCUGUACAAAUGAAAAUAUUCGACGUGGUAUGUUCAGUGCAACCAACACACCUGCAGUUACAAAAUGGUGUCGACAUAAUCUAAAGGGACUGGUGACUGUAACAAUUGGACAAAGGAAUUCAGCAGCCGAUUUAGUAGAGCAACAAUUACUUUUUGUGGGAAGUGAAAGAGGAAAACUUGUAGCUUUUAGAAACAUUAUUCAAAGGGGUCUAACACCACCAGUAUUAGUUUUCGUCCAGAGUAAAGAAAGAGCGCAAGAGUUAUUUAAGGAGCUGAUUUAUGAUGGGAUCAAUGUAGACUUAAUACAUUCAGACAGAACCCAAACUCAGCGAGAUAAUGUUGUUAGAUGUUUCCGAGAAGGAAAAAUAUGGGUCCUCAUAUGUACAGAGCUUAUGGGUCGUGGAAUUGAUUUUAUAGGUGUUAAUCUUGUUAUAAACUAUGAUUUUCCACCAUCAGCUAUUUCAUACAUUCAUAGAAUUGGUCGUACUGGUCGAGCCGGCCAUAAAGGGAAAGCUAUAACAUUUUUCACAGAACAGGAUACUACUAAUUUAAGAAGUAUCGCUGCUGUAAUGAGAGCUUCUGGUUGUGAUGUGCCCGAAUAUAUGCUUGCCAUGAAAAAGCAUAGUAAAAAAGAAAGGAAAAAACGAGAAAGGGAAGCGCCAAAGAGAGAAAGUAUAUCUACUAUUCCGAAAUUCAAAAAACAAUUCAAACGAAAACCACGUGUCCAAAGCGAUGAUCAGAGUGAUCAUCCAAAUCAAUCAACGCAGAAUAAACCUAAAACUUCUGAUAAGAAGUCACCGAAAAACAAGACUGUGAUCAAGAAAAGGCCGGGCCAGAAAUCUGAAGAGUUCAAGCAAAAGAAGAUGGGUGGUAAAGCUAAGAAAUUAGCAAAAACGAUAAAGCCCGGUAAAAUGUCCGGCAAGCAGAAACCGAAACAAAAUAUUAACAAAGGAGUGAAGAAGAAGUUCGUUAAAAAUAACAAAUCAAAUUAAAUUUAGUGUAAAUACACGUUUAUGCAUUUAAACGAAGAAGUGCUUGUAAAAUAUUAUGUCAUCAAGUUAUUUUGAAACAAAGAUUAUCAAAUUUU